UAAUUCCCUCCAAAACUACUACUCCUACAAACAAACAAACGGUAAAACGACAGACGAUUCGCCAAGAGCCAAAGGGAAUAAACAGGCACUCGACCGUUACAGAAACCAAAUCCCAUAUUUUCCCCGCCAAACAAUAAAAAUUACAAUUUCCCCAUUGUUAUUAAUCCCUGUCCUUUAGACUCAAAGCAGAAACAGCAGGGAUCGAUUCGAUUACGUUCGGAUUUCUCAAUCUUUAGUGACCUGACUAACAAUGGAUCCGAACCCCGAAAGGAGGCUACAAUCCGAUUGGUACUCUCCGACUCGCCUCAGCAGCAGUCCCGUCCAAUUCGACUUCCCGGGAGAUAGGUUUAUACCCAAUAGGAGUUUGAUGGAUCUUGAUCAAGCCCACACUUUGUUGACAAGAAGGACUCAAGAACGAAGCAGACCUCGUAUCGAUGACAAAUACCGGCUGAAGUUGGAUGAGAAUCUGAAUUUGGAUUCGGAAGGAAGACCAUUCAAGAUGCUGGUUUUCAGAGGAAGCCCCAAAUCAAGCAGAAAAUCGAUACGCCAUAUCGAUGAGAUGCGGCGUAGUGAAGAUGAAGCUCUUUACUAUGCAAAAAAGGCCACGCAAUACCGAUACUUCCCCAAGAGUGAAGCUAGCGUAUUGGAUGCACCGAAUAUCAGAGAUGACUACUAUUCGACCAUCAUGGACUGGGGGAAAAACAAUCUUCUGGCUGUUGCUUUGGGAUCAGAAAUACAUUUGUGGAAUGCCAAGAACAGAAGUGUUCAGAAGUUGUUGAAAGUAGAUCGCGCGAAUGAUUACCCUUCAAGCGUAGCCUGGUCCAAUGAUGCCAAAAGAGUAGCAGUUGGACACCAAUGCUCAGAGAUUCAGCUUUGGGAUGCCGAGGCUUUCAAAUACGUUAGAAGCUUAGAAGGCCAUCAGAAAAGGGUGGGCGCCCUUGCAUGGAAUGGACAUAUUCUAACAUCAGGAAGCCAAGACAAAUCCAUUAUCAAUCAUGAUGUGAGAGUGGGAAACAGUUUGAUUUCUCGAGUACGAACACAUGCUAGCGAAGUUUGUGGUUUGAAAUGGUCGAGCAAAGGCAAUCUGUUGGCGAGUGGUGGCAAUGACAAUCUUGUUUAUAUUUGGGAAGCCUUCAAGAUUGGUUCAUCCCAUUUCCUGCAUCGGUUGAAUGACCAUCGUGGAGCAGUGAAGGCACUCGCUUGGUGCCCCUAUGACUCUGAUAUUCUAGCUUCUGGAGGAGGUACAAAGGAUGGGUGUAUUAAGCUAUGGAACGUACAAAGGGGAUUAUGCAUUAACAGCAUUGGUACCAAUGCCCAGGUAUGUGGCUUGGAAUGGAAUAGGCAUCAUAAGGAGAUACUGAGCGGUCAUGGUUUCAGUACUGACACGCUAAAUCACCAGCUAUGCUUGUGGCAGUACCCUUCAAUGUCUAAAAUGGGAGGGCUAAAGCGCCACUCGUCCAGAGUCCUCCAACUUGCACAGGUACACAUAAUAGUCCUUCAACAAAUCAAGCUAGAGUUUCGAUUGUUAGACAUCAAACUUUGUAAUCCUCAAACCUCAUCUCCCCUUGAAAUGAUUGAUAUAUUGCAGAGCCCAGAUGGACUAACUGUGAUGUCAGCCGGGGCAGACCAGACCCUUCGCGUGUGGGAGAUUUUUGGACCACCAAAGCGUGACAACUCUAGGGUUUCGGAACUUGAUGGCCUGUUGUCCCUCAAGACAUCACCCAUAAGAUGACAGAAAGAGUAAUAUGUUUAGUGUACUUUGUUUUGAUCAAUGUAGUUUCAGUGUCGUACAUAAAAUGGUGAGACAUUUGGCAAAGAUGGAAUAUGGGGGUCUCCAAUAUACUGCCGUUGUAGUUUAGAUCAUCCCAAAUCAGUUUCAGCAUACGAGCUUAUUCCACCAAUUUCCAUCCAACAAUUGAUGGAUCUUGAUUUGUUGUCCUUGUUGCCUAAUGUCGUUGAAUUCAACUAAGGAUUAGUUGCGUUCUAUUAUAUAUCUUCGGGUAGAACACGACUCAAGCUACGCACAGACUAUAUAUUGUGUUUGUACCACAAGAAAUGGAAA